AUGAAGCCCUGUUCGCCUUUGGUGUUAUUAUACCUACUAGUGUGUCGUGUGUCUGGUAUUGCUCCAGGUGGUUGGAAGCUUUGUAUGGUCGAUUCAAUGGACGAACAGAAUAGGCGACAAUGUCCCGUGCCCGCCACAUACAAGUACAUCAUAUACCAGCAAGAGAUGUGCCCCUCCACAGGACGCCUCCACUACCAAGGAUUCGUGUACUUCACAAACCCGCGCUCCUUCGACUCAGUAAGACGCGAAUUCGGUGGCAUGACCCACGUAGAAGUCUGUCACGACAUAACAGCGUCCAUAGCAUACUGCAGCAAAGAGGACACACGGGUCGGAACCACUUUCGAAGACGCAAUUAAACCAGAAUGCGCAAGACCUAAAGGCUGGUGGCAACAAAUUAGUAUCGCGCAACUUUGGGAAGAAGAACCGGACUGGAUGCUCCGACAUCACGCAGCCGUAACGGCAUACCACAAACAGAUAAAAAAAGUAUCCUUCGUGCGGCCCAAACCACAAGUCAUAGUCCUAUGGGGACCACCGGGAACCGGUAAAUCCCACACAGCGCGCGCAAUAUGUGACAAUUUCUACGUGAAACCCACCGGCAACUGGUGGGAUGGGUACUAUGGCCAAGACCUAGUCAUCUUUGACGAUUUCUACGGUACAGAAAAGUACUGCGACAUGCUGAGAUGGCUCAGUGAGAACCCGAUAAAGGUCCCAAUCAAAGGAUCCAUGACGGAUCUACUGGCCACAAAAUUCGUCAUUACAAGCAACGUAGAGCCACAAAGAUGUAUUGCACAAUUAUGGGAGGAAGAGCCAGAGUGGAUGCUAAAACACCACGCAGCAGUGACGGCGUACAACAAACAACUAAAAAAAGUGUCAUUCGUUCGGCCAAAACCCCAGGUGAUAGUCCUAUGGGGCCCCCCAGGCACGGGAAAAUCACACACCGCCCGCUCCAUACGCGAUAACUUCUACGUCAAACCCACCGGAAAUUGGUGGGACGGGUACUUCGGUCAAGACCUUGUCAUCUUUGAUGACUUCUACGGCACCGAGAAGUAUUGUGAUAUGCUCAGAUGGCUAAGUGAGAAUCCAAUCAAAGUUCCAAUUAAAGGAUCAAUGACGGACCUACUUGCCACAAAAUUCGUGAUCACGAGCAACGUUGAACCGCAACGAUGCGCAUCACUUCACAUUAUGGCGACAGCUACAAAUCAAGAACUUCUCACUCUCAUGGCCACAAUGCUACAAGAAAAUCAGAAGAUCAUGGCAGCGCUAACCAAGGAAAUUGCAUCGGCCACUAACAGAACAUCGACUAAUACGAACAUCCUUUCGGAAACGAUGAGUAACAACAUAUCACUACCACCAUUACCGGAGACGGAAUUGGAGACGGAUGAAUGGUUAGCAGAGGCGUUAUUCAAAACCAGCACCACACCGGACAUACUCCUGAAGAAACUCGUCAAAAUUUAUGGCCUUUCUCAAGCUGAAACGAUCGCAGAGGCCCAUAAAACCUACAUGGAUCGACAAUACCCGAAAUCUCGUGCAUUGUAUCUAGUACUAGAGAAACCAAACAAAAUCACGACCAUUGACUGUAUGAAUGCCGCUAAAGAGCUAAAACGGGUCAAUAAAACGAUUAUGAUCAUUUGCGAGAGACAAGGUUAUCCUGUGCAACCGUUCUUGAAACUAAUGUUGUACCGAUACUGCGCCAGAUUACCUCGGGAGAUACGAGCAUUGCUUUGUCAUAUCGACGAAGUCGAGGAAUUUAUCCAACGAUUGGAAGCACUAGGCCUUGGUACUACAGGAAAGGGAGACAAUGAGGAUAAAGGCAUAGCGGGAAUUAAAGGGCGCGGGCAGGCAACCUUCCACCAACCGUCUGUUCUAGGGGACAAGAGAUCCUCUUUCGUACGCCCAACAAUGAAAUGCACCAUUAACGGACCUGGCCGGCAUACGGACGAGAUGUGCUUCCUGCAAAAAGCAACCUCAAAGGCCGUGACAGUCAAAUAUUUUCGCAAUGAAGAGUCCGCUCCCGAAGAUAAUAACGAAUGCAGGGAAAGCACUUAUUGA